AUGUGGACGGGAAGUGAGUGUGAAUGGAUGUUUAAUGUUCACGACCUGCUUUCUAGGUAUUCAUCUCUUCAAAUCGCUCGCGAAGUCAAAACUUCGCCUCAAACGGUCUGUGACUGGCGUAACUUUUUGAGAGAACUCUGUUCUGAAAUUGAAUCGACGUAUCCUAAGAUUGGAGGGAACGGACACAUCGUGGAGAUCGAUGAAACUAACGUGCAUACCCGCAAGUACGGGCGCGGAAAAGAGAAAAGUGACGACUGGAUACUGGGAGGUGUCGAUAGAGAGUCAGGAAAGGUGUUCGUAUGUCAAGUGCCGAAUCGCACAGCCUUGACACUGGUGCCAUUGCUGCAGGCGAAUAUCGAUCGUGAUAGCAUUGUGUAUUCAGACAAAUGGGCUAGUUACUCCCAACUGAAGAAGUACUUUACCAGUCAUUUCACGGUGAAACACAAAACCCAGUUUGUAAAUCUCGUUGGUACACGAUUAGUGUGUACAAAUGGAAUUGAAGGAUUGUGGAGUCGACUCAAGAAGCCGUUCAAACAAGGGAACGGAACAAGCGAAGCGCUAAUCGGCUCAUAUUUGUCAGAGUUUGUGGUUCGUGAAAACGAAAAGGAUGGAUUCUUCAAAGCGAUUAUCGAACAACUCAAGACGAAAGCGUGUAAAAACUAG